UAUAGCCGUUAGGACCUCGGAUCAGUUCGGAGCACUCCAGAGGAGACUAUUUUGGGAGGAAUUGAGCAUUGUACCUUACCCUGGGUGUUAUACCAUUGAAUCGAUUGUGUAUGGGGUGUAAUUGACAUCAAUAGUAAUCCUAUCUGUCAUACGACAGUGGCAACCGGUGCUAUACCAGGCCAUAACAACCGUGGACGUUUCCCCUCUAGUCAGUGUCCAGAGGUGUGGUUGUUUAUAGAUGACCAAAAGACUAGUUAUACACGAAAACUUUAGUUCUAUGGCAGGACUUAUGGAUUUCCCAUAAUUGUGAAUAUAUCUUGUUUAUAACAGCUGGUGAGAUUGUUUCACAAAUACCUGACGACAAUGGAUCAUGGUUUCAGGCAUUAAGACGUGUUUGAUUUGGGCCACGUGUGUAUCAAUACUGUAUUACACUGAUAUCGACACUUCAAUGAUACAUUAAAUUUGUUGGAGAGGAAAGGUGUGCUACAUUUCACUGAUGGACGGAAUGUCUCGGAAUUAGUUUUAGAAAGACUGCCAACGGGACAACUUUAACCAUGAAACAAGAGGACCUCGAUCCCGACUUGUAUCGGAACCUAAACUGUCCAUUUCCACUCUUCGAGCAACAAUCAACAUGGCGUAGUCAGAAAACAGCAAAGAACUCCGGGAAGAUGGCGUCCAAGAUGGCGUCUAGGACGCGGAUGUGAUGGAACAAUCUGUUGUAGUAAGCAGCUCACAUAUCGUGCGCCAGGGAACGUUUGAUACCGACUCGUCCAAAACCCUUCGCUCCAAAAGUGGAGCUAUAAAGAAGGGCUCGAUUUUUCUUCCAGUAAUCGAUGACAAAUCUGUCGGUUUAUCUCACGUAGAAUAUAAAGGAGACUCCGUUGAAUUAGUGAAGAAGCGGAAAAAAGCUUCAGAGAAACCGCCUGUGAAGACAGAUGAUUCCAAUCAAAGUGAGUCCAAAAAGGACAAAGUUUCUCCUCGCGGGACAAUAGGUAAAUCCAAAGACAGGGAACAGACGAACCAGGAAAACGGACAUCAAAGUAGUAACGAAACUGACGCAAACACUGAACAAAAGCCGAUUCAGCUAAAAGCGUCUUCGAACAAAUCAUCUAAACAACACCAUCCCGUUAAAAGCGAAGUUGUUAAAAGUGACGUUACCGAGACACAAGAGGGACAAAAAUUUGUAAAAUCCUCUAACGCCUAUGUCAAGGACGGCGAUAAGGGUAUUGUCAACAAAAAGGUACAAGACAAUGUUACAGCUAAAAACAAUUCUAGGAUAAAAGAACCGGCUCAAAGGACAAGUGAACAAGACAGUCAAUCAUCGAGCUUAAAGAACGAGACUGUAUCACAAGACAAAACUCGUACGUCAAGGAAUAAUGUGUCUUUAGAGAAAAAUACUUCUAAUACUGUGGAAAAAAAUACAUCUGUCAGGAAAAGUAAAACAAAUAGAAAUGUUACCACGUCACCAAAUACAGAUCAAAGUGACAUCCGGAUAAUUGGGCAUAUAGAAGCCCCGAGUCUCAGCGGAUCACCACAAAGUACUGGACAUCAAGCAACAGCUCUAACAAAUUCUGAAAAUAACGUGACGUCAGAUGUUAAAUCGACAAAACGUGAAACAAAGGAUCCGAAAAGGAGUAGUAAUAAACAAUCUAAAGAUCUUUCAAAAAGACCUACUACUAAAACUGUGCAUGUUGACGAUUACGACAGUGAAAAGUCAACCGAUAUUUCUAACAUAAACGUGAACAACCGAGAAAAAGAACCAGUUGUACAGGAAUCUGAUGAUAAUUUCAAUAAAACGCAAAAGGGGGCACCAUUGAAGAAGCGUUUUAGUAGAGCUUCAGACUUACGCGAGGAUACAUCCAUGACACACGUUAGAAACGUGGCAUCCCCUAACCUACACCAAAGAAAGACUGUAAACAACAUUUCUCCGGAACGAAUUUCCAGAAACAAUGAACAUAACGGUACCAAUAAUAACAAAGUACAGGAAAGUAAACCACCCGACAACGAAUCCUACACCCACAACCUUGAUCCUCUUGUAGCAUCAAUCGGGGUUGUAAACAAACCACCCCAAAGUACGGCAUUAACGAGACACGAAGACGAUAAGUCUGAUUCGUAUACUCAUAAAUCACAGGGAAACCCUGUUGAACCAGUCACACAAAAGACGAAAGAUUUGAAAUCUUCAUCAAAAAUGGAACCAGGCCGUAAACAGGAAUUUGGUUCGGAAAGAGUGAUGGAAUCGUAUGACUCUGUUUACGCAGAAAGAAAAACUCUCCUCGAGGCAGAAGUAACGUACAAGAAGAGGAUAACGCAACUUGAAAAUGAAAUGAAUCAGUUUGUUAAGACUGUAGAUGGUCUACGAACAGAAAAUAAGACCAUUCGGACAACUAUGGACCAGCUGGAAGUGGACAACAGGAAGAAAGAGAGUCACCAAAGCCAAAAUACAGUGGUAAUUGACGUCGAAAAGGACGAUCUAAAACGACAAAUCAAUCUUUUGAAGAAAGAAAACAAAAGUCUUGAUGACAAACUAAACACGUCGUAUGAAAGAAACGACGAACUGAAAGCAGCAAAUCAAACACUCGACGAUGAAAACAUUCUUUUACGAAAUAGAAUUCAGGAUUCGGAAAGGAAGUCGUCUGGAAGGAAAAGAGAGAAAAGCAUAGUUGGUUCUAAUGCUGGUAGUUCAAAGGAUGUGAAAGAAAACCUAGAAAGAUCAGAUACUGAGUUAUCGAAAGCAAAGCUCACAGAGUUUUCUCUGAGGGCGGAAAUCAGUGCUCUUAAGAAGGCAGAGGAACGUUACAAGAAAGAAUCUGAAAAAUUGCGAUCAGACAAAAAGAAACUUGAGUACGAAUUAGAAAAAUAUAAAGACGCUGCAAAGGAAGACGCCGAAUUUGCAAAAGACGGAGCAACAACUGCAAGAGAUAAAAUGGAAUUGAAAUCACACGUAGUGAGCUUACAAACAGACAAUCAGAACCUGAAUGAGGAAAAUAUGAAACUGAAAGCAGAAUGCCUCGAGCAGGUUAGAAAAAUACACGAACUUGAAAAGGCAGAAAAGACUGAGGUAGAGGGACUAAAAAAUGAAAAUGAAAAGCUGAAAAGCGAAAAGAAAAAGCUUCAGGAGGAAAAUAACGGUGGGUCUGGAGGGAACACCAAAAAAUUAGAAGCAGAAAACAAAGCUCUUUCAGAGGCUUUGUCACAGAAGAAGAUAGAACUAGACGAACUGAUGCAUGCUCUCAACGGUGAUAGGAUAGAGGACGAGGUACAAAAGGUCAAGGCUGAAAAAGAAGAGCUACAGAAAAAAUUUGAGGAAAGUCAAAAGAAUGUGGAAAUUUCCGAAAAGGCAAUGAAAGAGCUAGAAGAGAUAAAAUUGGAAAAAGCCAGUCUAAAACAAAAGCUGGAAGUAAGUGAGAAGAAAGUAGAGGAGAGCGAUAGACGGGAUGAACAGAUUGUUGAACUCAAAUCAGAAAAGGAAAAAUUACAAAAACAACUAGACGAAAACGAAAAACGGGUUCUAGAAUCUGCAGACUCAAUGGUAAUGGUUCAUGAGCUGAAAUCCGACAAAGAAAAGUUGCAAAAAGAAUUGCACGAAAGCAAAACGCGGGAGUCAAAAGUACAGGAAUCUCUUAUGGAGGUGAAAAUUCAGAAGGACGCAUUAGAAACAGAAAAGAAACAGAUCAAAGAGGAAUUAGUGGAAACCGUCAAAACAAAUCAAAACAUAAAAACAGAAAUGCAGGGACUCAAAUCAUCGCAAGAGACAAUGUCUCGCGCUCUAGACGAAGAAAAAUCGAAAAUAACAUUACUAGCAGAAAAGGAAUAUGAAUUGGAUGAGUUAAGGAAAAAGUGUGAGCUAUUGGAAAAAGAAUUGUCCAGAACAAAGCAGCUACACAGUCUUGAAAUGGACAAAAUAAAUGACGAAAGAAAGAAAGAGGAGAACAAAUUAAGAAAGGAAUUGGAAAAUCUUACGGAAAGAAAAAAUGAAAUCAUCGAAAAACUUACCAAAAAGAUGCUAUCGAUGGAAUCGAGUAAAGAUUUGGAAAUCAAAAAGCUGAAAGAACAAAUAGAAGCGCUGUUAGUUGAUCAAGAAAUUGUAGAAAAGACAAAGGCAACAGAAAAGGAAAAUAAGGAGUUCAAACUGGAACUGAAAACACUGUACAAUAAAUAUUCGCAAGUGGUCAAUGAUUUGGAACAGAAAAAUACAACGGAAGAACGAGCAUUUGAAAUGAGCAUGCGUGUGGAAAAGAUGAGCGUGAAAAUGAAACUGAUGGAGAAAGACGAACGUGAGUGGAGGGUGAAAAGGGAAAGAUUUGAUGAAAUCGAAGCCAGCAAUAAAAGACUGAUAGAGGAAAGUGUUGUGUUGAAAAAAAUGUUGGAAGGGAAGGGCAAUGGUUCUGAUGACAUGUCUCAUCGUAUAAAUUAUCUCGAGAGACGGCAGACGGACGCUGACACGCGAGUGAAACAGCUGGAAGGCUGGGUCGGGGAUUUGUACGUAGAGACUGAACGUAGUGACAAAGGUAGUAACAAAAACGCUACCAAAAAUAAAAAGGCAAAAAACUCAAAAACUAUGCAGAUUCAAAACCCCUCAAAUCUGUCUACUCAGAACGUGAAAGCAAGAAGUUUAGACGAUGUCGAAGUGAACGUUGAUGAUAAGGCGACAGAAUCAUCUACUCCAACCUUGCCGUCAAUAUACGCAAAUAGCACCGGACAGUUGACGUACAGGAGCGUGGGGUACAGUCAGAUUCACAAGGCACGCUUACAGAAAGCUACCAAAAAACGCAGAUGAGUCUGCCUCUAUAUUUACUUGCCAAAGGACAAAAUUUCUGUGAUAAACUGUGAUAGAUAUGUAUGGCAUAUCAUAUUCGAAGUCUGCAUGAGAGAGACAGUGUGUGAGCGAGAAUGAAUAGAAGUUGAUUUUAUUUGUUACAUAAGAUAACUAUUAAAGUAUUUC